CAUCGAAGCAUUGUUCCAGUUGAAUCUCAAGACACACGAAAGAUAUCAGCAUGAACGUCUUGGUUCUACUUUCCUUAAUUAUUGCCGCCGUGGUGGCCAUCCCCGCAUACCCUAAUGCACCUGCGUACAGCUAUCUGAUGAACUAUGGAUAUCCGGUCGGAUAUACACCAGAGGCUCGAAGGAAUUUACCAGACUUUAUUGAUUCGGCAACGACCACCACUCAGUCAGUUGCUUCCUGGCAACUGAAGCAACUACGCAGAAAAUGGUUUAUUCUGAUUUGCAUGCUCGAUGUGUCGUGUCCUACGGUAGCCUUUCCGGAACACCAUCCCUGGGCCCCUACGCCUGCCCCUGUACGUGUCUCUGCCGCUGCCUCUGCUCCUGCGCCUGCCCCUUUCCGCGGCUAUCCGCCCGAAUUCCGCAUUGACGAUUUGGACGAAGAAAUGCAACACCGGGAGAUGAUGGCCCCUCACCAGCUCGUAGCGGAUGACAUCGAUGUGUUUGAGACUGUCGGCAACAAACGUGCCCAGCUUAAAUCGACUAAUAAUCUAGUAAAAAUCGCCGAAUUUCAAAUGGCCCAGUGGAUUUGGAGAUGGAAUCUUAUCCUUUGCCUCAUCAAUCCUGAGUGUCCCCAUGUAAACGUCCCGACAGUUUCCAGCAGAUCCGGGCGUCAGUACCCUCCCAUUCGAAUCGACGUGAAGAAAAGUCGCAUGUUAUCCGAAACACAAAAACAACCCGGUGUCAUCAUUCCUGUAUCAUUCGCCGAUGAAUAAGUAAAUCAGCCGAGC